ACACGGGAACACGUUGCACCCUUGCACUCCACGUUUUUUUUUUAUAAUCAACGACUGCUGAUACAUUUCAGAGGACACUAAUCACUCGUCAUCCCAAGUGAAAAUUGAAGAGGCAAACACGUGGUGCGAGAGUGGGAGUGUUUAGUCAUACCGUGGAUUUGGUUGUGCGCUUGGUUAUAUUACUUGGUUGGCACUAUAGCUGCCCAUAACAUGUUUGAUAUAAUGUCUGACUCAUAGAAAAUCUGAGUACUGUGUUGAGAAUGUUUUAUUGGAAACCGUGGCCAUAUUUCGGGCUCAACUGUUUUAUUUUUAUUUUAUUUUUUAAAUUCCGUGACCUUUGCUUGUUGCAAGCACCCUCUGGGAGGGUUAUAGCAUGAAUUAAAUAAUGGCAUGAAUUGUUUCCUUUAUCAUCAUUGUGCUGAAUAUAAUUAUGAUAGCUUGUGAUGGUUGUGGAGUUUUUGGCUUUUGCGUGUUCAUGAUUGGUUUGCUCUUUUUUUACAGAUCACUCUUUAGCCUCCAGUCUUCUUGUUCUUGGCUUUUAAAUUUUAGUGUCAUGGGGUUUCUAAGGUUUAUAAGAAGGUAUAGUUUCCCCUUCAAGGACAAAACUCGAAAUAGAGCAUAUGCACUUCAGCAUAUGCAAAGCAGAGGCUUCUCAAAGGAUGGAGUUCUUAAUGGUAAUGAUGUGGUGCAUCCAGUUCUGAUCAUUGGCGCAGGACCUGUGGGUCUUGUUCUUUCUAUUCUUCUCACAAAAUUAGGUAUUAAUUGCACAGUUUUGGAGAGAAACAAGGCAUUUUCAAAACAUCCACAAGCACACUUCAUCAACAAUCGAUCCAUGGAGAUAUUCCGCAAAAUUGAUGGCCUUGUUGAAGAGAUCCAAAGGUCUCAACCACCAGUAGAUUUAUGGAGGAAAUUUAUAUAUUGUACUUCCCUCUCUGGUUCAAUUCUUGGAUCGGUUGAUCACAUACAACCUCAAGAUCUUGAGCAUUUUGUCAGCCCGGUCUCUGUUGCACACUUCUCGCAGUACAAGCUAACUAUGUUACUACUCAAGCGACUUGAAAACCUAGGCUUCCAAAUAUGUGCGCCUGAAAGUUUGGAAGGAAAUGAACAGUCUUGUGAGAAAAAAAUAAUGAUGGGCCAUGAGUGUGUUUCCAUUGAUGCCAGCAAUGACUUUGUAACAGUAACUGCAUCUUCUAUCAUUAAAGGGAAGCGUGUAGAACAGAACAUUCACUGUAACAUCCUUAUUGGUACAGAUGGUGCAGGAAGUACUGUAAGAAAGCUUGUAGGAAUAGAAAUGAGAGGUGAAAAGGACUUGCAAAAACUUGUUAGUGUCCAUUUCUUUAGCAAAGACCUUGGACAGUUUUUGCUUAAGGAGAAUCCUGGUAUGCUUUUUUUUAUCUUCAAUGCUGAAGCUAUUGGGGUCCUUGUUGCUCAUGAUCUCAGGCAAGGGGAAUUUGUAUUGCAGAUACCCUUUUAUCCACCUCAGCAAACAAUUGAGGAUUUCAAUCCAAAGGCAUGUGAGAAAUUAAUCAGCAAACUUGUUGGUCGGGAGUUUGGAGAUGUAGAUGUAAUUGAUAUAAAGCCAUGGGUUAUGCAUGCUGAAGUUGCUGAGAGGUUUAUAUGUAGUGGCAACCGAAUAUUACUUGCUGGUGAUGCUGCUCAUCGAUUUCCUCCUGCUGGUGGAUUUGGAAUGAAUACUGGCAUUCAGGACGCGCAUAAUCUUGCCUGGAAAAUUGCUUCUGUGAUUAAGGGUAUUGCCCCAACUUCAAUGCUAAAUACCUACGAAAUUGAACGUAAACCGAUUGCUUUAUUCAAUACAAGAUUAAGUCUAGAAAACUAUAAAGCUGCCAUGUCUGUUCCUGCUGCACUUGGUCUUGAUCCAACUGUUGCAAACAUAGUACAUCAAUUUAUUGUUGAUGGGAUUGGUUCCAUCUUACCAUCUGGUUUGCAGAAGGUAGCUUUGGAUGGAAUUUUUGGUAUAGGUCGUGCACAGGUUUCAGAAUUUGUCCUAAAUGAAAGUAACCCUCUUGGAUCCUCAAGGUUGGCUAAGCUAAGACAUAUAUUUGAAGAAGGAAAAAGCCUUCAACUUCAGUUCCCUGCUGAAGAUCUUGGUUUUAGGUACCUACAAGGAGCACUUAUGCCAGAGAGUAAAGAUGUUGAAAGUCCUCCAGAAGUACUAACAGGGCGUCGGAGGGACUACACCCCUUCAGCACAACCAGGAUCAAGACUGCCUCAUAUAUUUGUGAGAGUAAACCCGUUAAGUGAGGAGACUGUUUCUACACUUGAUCUUGUGUCGGGAGAUAAAGUUGAGUUCAUUCUCAUCAUAGCACCUGUGGAGGAAUCUUAUCAUCUAGCUCGUGAAGCAUUCAAGGUGGCUGAGGAACAAGAAAUUUUUCUCAAAGUUUGUAUUUUUUGGUCUACUGAUUCUGUUGAAGGACUUGAGAAAGGAAGUAAAGCAGCAUUAUCACCUUGGAAGAAUUACCUAGAUGUUGUUGAAGUUUGGUCAUCAACUUCAAAUUGGUGGGAUAUGUGUAACAUGACGAACAGAGGGGCUAUUUUAGUUAGACCCGAUGAACAUAUUGCCUGGCGUACAAGUUCAGGACUUGCUGGGGAUCCUAGAGUGGAAAUGCAGAGGGUUUUUUCUGCUAUACUGGGAGUACACGGUUCAAAUAAACAAAUACACGGAUGAUUUUGUAUUGAUUCUUUCAAGAAUAUUUCCUGGCGUGCAAGUUUAGGACAAUGAUGGGGAUCCUAGAGGAGAAAUGCAGAGGGUUUUUUUCUGCUAUACUGGGAGUGCACUGUCAUACAAAUACACAGAAUAUUUUGCAUUGAUUCUUUCAAGAAUACUUUUCCUUUUCUUUUAAAAGUAGUUCAACUUUUUAUGGUCACAGGUUCCAACAAUUAAAACAAUCUCUCUGCUUCCGAGGGUUAGACGCA